AUGGAGAUGCCCCCGAUCUAUCGUCCUAGUCCUCGGCGAACUUUUGAGAUAACUCCUGCCUCGACUGAUUCCUCCCAUCCUCCUUCUCCAGCAACAGAAACAACGAACCCAGAUUUGCUCACCAGCCAAAAGUCCGAUUCUACUCCCAGCCGCACGCGAUCAACCCUGGACCUCACCUCAUCAACUUUACUCGGUAUUUACUCACCUAUAGGGUCGGAUGGGAUGCGAGAAGAGCUGUCAACACCAUGGGGAACGGGAGCACAGACACCAAGCCAAAGACGAAGUGUUGAUGACUACACACCUCAAGAACCUCCGGUAACCUGGACAAGAGAAACUACAAAACCGAGGCCAAAACCCAAGAGAAAGGGAUUCCGUGGGUAUGUGGUACCUCUUGCUCUACAAACUACUCUUCUAUUUGGGUUCGGAAUUGGCUAUGGGUCCAUUAUCACACAUCUGCACAAGACUCAGCACAUAACACCAAUGCCGGUACCAGACAUUGAGCGCAAUACUUUGUACUAUCAGAUUUCCUGGGGCAUCUUUGGCAUUUUGCUUGGGAAUGCUUUGCCACUAGUUGAUUCAUUCUGGGAGAGGUUUAUCUCGCCUGCUGUCUCUGGAGAUCAGGCCUCCCCGAAUCCAAAGUCAGGGGUGGGAAAGACAUCCAACUCCGAUGGAACAAGUCCAGGUUCAUCGUACGACAGUGGCUUGGGUCCGAUUUGGUACUCAGCGGUACGAAGUAUGGGCGUCUUCGUUGGUAUUGCAUUUGCGGUGCGACGACUUCCCUGGCAAUCAACUCUGCAAGUUGCUUUGACUUUGGCUCUGGCGAAUCCCGUUUUAUGGUAUCUGAUCGAUCGAUCAUUACCAGGUUUCGCGUUUUCAGCAGCGAUCAGCACCAUCGGCACGUUGCUUCUGCUGCUGAUCGAUCCAAAUUUUGUGCCGGUUCCAGCAAUCCAUCAGCCCAUGGCAUCUGAACGGUUUGGUGUUUAUACUUGGUUGGCGAGUAUACUUUUCUGCACAAGCAUUUGCUUCGGUGCGAUUGGUAGAAGGCUUCAAUUAAUGCGGAUUCUCCAGGUACGAUUUGUAGAGAGUGCCGGGCCAGGAGGCCGCAGAGUGCUGUUCGACAACGGCGUCGCUCAGUAUUUUCUCGGUAUCAAGUCGGGACAACUUAGAUUCGACGUCAUUAGUGCUUGUGGAGAUGUUCUCAUCAAGAGGAAACUCGAUUCGCAUCGCAACCAAUGCCGAGCCGCCGUCUUUUCCUGCCUCGACUGCAUGACAACGUUUAAAGGGACCGACUAUAGGUCGCAUACGUCCUGCGUCACCGAAGAUCAGAAAUAUCAGGGUGCUUUAUAUCGCGAGAAGCCUUCAAGGGCCGCGAAGAGGAAAUCAGUCUCAAUCGUUGAGCCAGUCGAUAACAACGCUCUUGUACCGCGUUCAGCAUACGUUGAAGACGCGUCUGAUGUCGACACGACUCCUCCUCACGUUCCCACGCCUCCCCCUGCUGUCCUAGUCUCGAAUCGUGACAGCGUAUUUGACUACAUGGUCAACGAAAGCCCCCCCGGCACACCACGGAUAAGUUUUGCGAAAAGCAGGGAAGAAAUGUCCAUGAAGAAUAGUGCCCCGUCUAUAUUCUCCAACAGCAGGCCGUCCAGUCAAAAUGGCUAUCGGAAUAAUGAAGAACAGCAACACAGCCAAGAGUAUGAGGAAAACGGAUAUACUUGGGGCACCGAGCCCGUUAAGCCUCGAGGUCUGCUGGAGAUGAACGGGAGUGCCUUAAGCCUUGAAUUUAUGACACCGGCCGCCAAAGAGACCAAAUCAAAGUUGGACAAGAAAGAAAGACCUCGAGCACAUAAUCGGACAGAUAGUGGGAGCGAAAAGAAACGAAAGCGUCCAACUGACGACCAAAUCCAUGAGUUGGAAAGAGACACACUUAUGGUGGAUACAACGAAGGUGGAUACUCCUUCCAUCGCUCAUUCCGGACUCACGGGUGGCCUUAGCCGCAUGAUGUCUUCAAACGAUGACUAUCCGUUCUCACGAUCUCUAGAAAACGAAGACAAACGCCAAGUCGUCGAGAAGGAGCGCCCGAGUCGUCGGAGCCAUAAACCCGAAGAUCCCGGCUCACCUCUAAAAAGAACCCGCCAUACCAAAGAGGAUCCGAACGGCUUGGGUAUCUCCAUCAAAGGUCGCGCUGUCAAAGCACUGUCUAUGGUUGGCGGAGCCCUCCUACCCGGAAGCCAGAUCGACUCCCAACAACAAAGCAGCGGUCGAACAAGGAGAAGAGCAAGCUCAUCUGAUCAUGGCCAAAGCCUUGUUCGUGUUCGCGAUGGUGAGAAGCGUGAGAGGAAGAAACAUAAAGUCCACCGUCACAAUGGGACUGCCUCGGCGAAUAUACGUCAUGAGCACCGCUCCCGCCGCCGUUUGUAUAGCGAUGAUUCCCCCUCACAUUCUCCGGGAGAAGGCGACACGCGGAAACUCAAAGCAAUAGAGUAUCGCAAGAACGACGACUCGGCCUCCGAUUCGGACUCCGACCAAGGGCAUCAAAAUGGCAGUGGUACUGCGAAACGCAAGGGUUCGAAUGGAACCAUGGUCGUCUUUGGCGCAGAAGAGAAGUCGAGACGUGCGUGCCGGAGUUUCCUUGCCAAUGCGCCAGGCUUGGACUCUGAGAAAGGAUAUUCCAUCCAUAAGAUGCUGAAACGCUGGCACAAACAUAACGACGUCCGAAGUUCGAGUCUAAAAGUAGAAGAGGAAAAUGUCCUGUGGAGAAGUUUACGGGUGCGAAGGAACGAAAGAGGCGAGUAUGUCGUCUUCUUCUGA